UGCGCUUCAAAGACAGACUGUCGCCAGGACCAAUCACAUUCACGUCCAGGCAGCGAACGUCCAAUGAUCGGCCGCUCCGGAAGCAGCGAGGCGGGCUUUCAGGGUGGGUGUGUGAGAGGCAGCAGGAAAAGGAGGUCAAACGUCCUGCAGGUUGAGGUGGAAAACGUGUGUCCGUCUCCAGCUGGGUCUCUCAGGUAGAUCACCGUGUGUCCGGGGAUCAGAACGAUUACACGAACACACCGGUGCUGCGGGGUCGGUGUGUGUUUGUCCGGGUCGCGCCAGCAGGUUGUUAUCGGAGAGAACGUUAGCAUUAGCUAACAGUGCACCUCGGGAACUAAAGUCAGAAACGGACUAAAAAUACUCGAUAACAUAACUUUUUUUUCAGCCCUUUUCUCAGGCAAUGCAUGUCCCAGCGGGGGUUUUAGCCUUGUAGCUAACUGUAGCUAAUACGUGCGUUAGCGAGUCCGCUGUUUGUUUUGCCUUUGAGAACUUGAGUCACGGUCACAGCCGUCAUGUUUCACUCCGUGCCCCGUCGUCCGAUCUGCGAGAUCGGCGUGAGCACCAUGAGGCUCCGGAGCAGCAGCUCGUUCAGACGGAGCGUCGCGGAGGGAGGACGGCAGCUGGAGAAGGUGCCGUGGCUGAGCAGGAGCAUGGGCCUGCUGCUGUCCUGGAUCCAGAGGGCAGGUGCGGACGAGGCCGCCGCCGGGUCAGCCCAGAAGAGGAAGGGCUUGCUCUCCAUAUUCGCGGACCACUGCAGCUUUGUGACCGGGCAGAGGCUCCGACGCGCCUGUCAGAUCGGCGAGCUGUACUCCAACCUGUACUCCGAGCGCACCAGGUGGAGCCUGGUGGGGUCAAUAUGGCGCAGACUUCAGAACAAGCAUGCCCCCACUGGCAAACUCUUCGCCGCCCUGGCCGGUGUCUUCAUGUGGGACAACGAGAAGAUUCAAGAAGAGGAAAUUCGCAGGUGUGGGCUUGAGAUCCUGGAGCUGGAUGCUGCAAAACGCCACAAUGCAUCUUUGGGCCCUGUGACUGGACAGCAGGAUUCAUGCUGGGAAGUUGUGAUUGAGAAGAAAGACUUUAGGGUGUGGAAGAGGCCCAUUCCCAACAGUCACCUCUACGAAUACAGAGUGUUUGGCUCCUACAAUGAUGUCACACCGAGACAGUUCUUCAAUGUACAGUUGGAUACAGAGUACAGGAAGAAGUGGGAUUCUCUGGUUAUCAAGCUUGAGGUGGUGGACAGAGAUGUCAGCACAGGCUCUGAAAUUGUGCACUGGGCAACACACUUCCCUUAUCCCAUGUACUCAAGGGACUAUGUCUACGUGCGUCGCUAUGAUGUUGAUGUUGACAACAACCUGAUGAUCUUAGUAUCCAGAGCCGUGCAGCAUCCCAGAGUCCCAGAGACUCAGGACUUUGUGCGAGUCCAUUCGUACCAGUCAAAGAUGGUCAUUCGUCCUCACAAGUCAUUUGAUGAGAAUGGGUUUGAUUACUUGCUGACCUACAGUGACGACCCUCAGACUGUCUUUCCCCGUUACUGUGUGAGCUGGAUGGUGUCAAGUGGUAUGCCUGAUUUUCUACAGAAGCUGCAUACUGCUGCCUUGAGGGCCAAAAACUUGGAGGUUGGGAUCCACGACUACGUAGGUGUCAUUAAAUCCAGCGACAACAACCGCCAGCCGAGCCAGGAGCGUCACGGUGGUUCUGGUCAGAUCUACGCUUGAGAUGGAUAUUUUGCAGAUCAAGGGGGUAUGUGGGUGGUGAAACCAAACCCUCCAACAACAACUACUUUGGUACAUAGUGUAAACUGUGAACUUCAAAUGGAAGUUGCAACCAACAGUGACGAAAUACACUGGAAGUCCAUCCAUAGACAUGGUUAUAUUGGUUGUAGAUGAGUUGUCACAGUUCUCUGGAGCAAAUGUUGCCAUGGAAAUUGUCAUCCAGACUGCCGCCCUUGGCCAACCAAUGCCAUGUGGCAUUUUCUGCCUCUUUUAGUAAUGAUGUGUAUCCUGCUACCAUUGGUACAGUCGAGCCAAAAUUGCCAAUUGUAGAGAUGCUGUUUGCAAAAGCAGUGUUUCUCUCAAUUUAAUGUUCUUUGUCUUGUCUUCCAUUGCUCAACACGGUUUCCUUGAGGUUGUUCAUACAGCCAGCAGCCACAUCACUUUAGCAGCAUCCCCAUGGAAAUGGUUGCAUGGCAGUGGACAUAGAAUGGUAACUAGAACUAACUACUGGUUGGCAUUUUCACUACAACAUAAAAACAUGGCCAAGAUCUCUGCGCUGACAGAUGAAGUCCUGCACUGAGGCCUCGACAGGAGAUCCUUUCUAACAUGUUCCCGCAUUUCACGGAUUUAAAGCAACUGAUUUCCUGUUUGCUUGCAGCAUGAGCAUUUUGAUUUUCACACAACUGGAAAAAACUCUUUAACCCAAUGAAGCUGUUAUUGGAACAGAUGUCCACUGAGUUGAAAAUGUCAAGUGUAGUGCUCUUUUGUGUUUGGGGGAUGGCAUUGGUUUGGUGUCAGCACAGUUGAGGUGUCACACUGUCCAGUGUUGACAAAACAGCCUUCUGAAGGUAAACCAGUCCUUUAGCAUUUGGGGCAUAGUGUCUUAUUACAACCAAAUAAAUCCUCAGAUACAAUGGUACUAAUGCACUUCCAGCAAGGCGACCCUACUGAGACACAUUUUAAUAAACCAGCUCCUCCUUAGAGAAACAUUGAGCACUUGUGCCACAUAAUUAUUCGCUUACAUUUCACACCAUUUAUUCAGCUCAGAAAAAAAAGUGUUAUUCCAGUGUCGACGUCAAGUGUCACAUAAGUUUGCACUAUUUGAAUUAUGGGUGUUUGUGUUUUCUGUGUUACAAAAUUCAUAAAACCAUAACCUGUCAACUGGAACUCCCUGUUCUUAUUUAUAGAACAAGCUCUGUAACGUUUUUCUCCUGCAUUGUGUUUAUAUGGUUUUUACGUGUUGGUCCUACUCAAACUCCAUUAAAUCCCUCCUUUCGUUAGUCCAUAGACCGUUUGCAGGGGGUGUUUUUUUGAAUGUACAAAAAGCACCACAUGCUGUGGAAUAAAAAAGGCCUAAUAAAGUACACCGUUUACAGCAUGACAAUCUGGUGCAAGUAUCUUUAAAUACAUCUGUGUUUAACACAUCUUGCACGAGUCAGCAGCAUGUAGGGUUCCACUUGAAGGAAGUCCCACAUAAAGUAUUAAUAUAUCCCCACUGUUUUAAAAACAAUGUCCAAUUCUGUUCUGUAGUGAAGUAUUUUACUGCUGUUUGAUUUUUAUAAAUUGCAGUUAAACGUGUGCUUGAUGUGCUUGAACAUGUGAGGGAGGAAAUGAAAUGUUUUUGAUAUUUAUCUUGUGUCUUGUCAAAAACAAACUGACAAAUGAGAUCUCACUGUCCCAAUUGAACAAUAUUCAACACUUCUCUAUGUUCAGCUUGAGAAUGUAAAAUUUUGAUGAUCUGUCAAACAUCGACACCUGCGUGCCACCUGCAUCAGUCUGUUAUUGUGUGUUUCUUUCUUGUUUUUUAUUUUCUUACUCUGUUUGUGGAUUAAUUUAGGAACUGUGUGGAUAAUUCUUUUAGCUGGAGCACUUGUAACCCUGUGAUUUCAAACGAAAUGGAAGCGCUACUAAUCAGAUCAAAUAAACUGACCUUCAUGUGUGUCCUACUGUU